GAACAGAAAAUGGCAGCAGCAAUGGAUCCCGUCCGGGAAAAAGCUCUGCAAGAUUAUAGAAAAAAACUUAUGGAACACAAAGAAAUUGAGUCACGGCUAAAAGAAAUGCGAGAACAUCUCAAAGACCUUACCAAACAAUAUGACAAAUCGGAAAAUGAUCUUAAAGCACUCCAAAGUGUAGGCCAGAUUGUUGGAGAAGUAUUGAAGCAGCUGACUGAAGAAAAAUUUAUUGUCAAAGCGACCAAUGGUCCACGUUAUGUUGUUGGAUGCAGACGUCAACUGGAUAAAAAUAAAUUAAAGUCAGGAACCAGAGUAGCUCUUGACAUGACUACUUUGACUAUUAUGCGGUAUUUGCCCCGCGAAGUUGAUCCUUUGGUCUACAAUAUGUCUCACGAAGAUCCUGGUGAUGUUACAUAUUCAGCUAUCGGAGGAUUAAGUGAACAGAUUCGAGAGUUGCGAGAGGUUAUAGAGCUGCCUCUAUUGAAUCCAGAACUCUUCCAACGAGUAGGAAUCACUCCACCAAAAGGAUGUCUUUUGUAUGGACCUCCUGGAACUGGAAAAACAUUGUUGGCCCGAGCUGUAGCUAGUCAACUUGAUGCUAAUUUCCUCAAAGUUGUCUCCAGUGCUAUAGUUGAUAAGUACAUCGGAGAAUCUGCUCGACUGAUUCGAGAAAUGUUUAAUUAUGCUCGCGAUCAUCAGCCUUGUAUUAUAUUUAUGGAUGAAAUUGAUGCUAUUGGUGGUCGACGAUUUUCUGAGGGUACUAGUGCGGAUCGUGAAAUUCAAAGAACCCUUAUGGAAUUAUUGAAUCAAAUGGACGGUUUUGAUUCUUUGGGUCAAGUUAAAAUGAUCAUGGCGACUAAUAGACCAGAUACUCUCGAUCCAGCUUUGUUACGACCAGGAAGAUUAGAUAGAAAAAUUGAAAUUCCGUUGCCUAAUGAACAGGCACGUUUGGAAAUUCUUAAAAUUCACGCACUUCUAAUCGCUAAGCAUGGAGAAAUUGAUUAUGAAGCAGUUGUUAAACUAUCGGAUGGAUUCAACGGAGCUGAUCUGCGUAAUGUCUGCACAGAAGCAGGGUUAUUUGCAAUUCGUUUAGAACGAGAAUAUGUUAUUCAGGAAGACUUUAUGAAAGCCGUCAGAAAAGUUUCUGACAAUAAGAAGUUGGAGUCUAAGUUGGACUACAAACCAGUAUAA